CACGAAGACGACACAACUAUGUCGAACAAUAAUUGAACAAUUGUUUUUUUGUGGUAUUGACACAACCGAACUAGAUCAAAACAGGUCGCACCAGCCAUAGCGUGUCGGUACACAAACGUUUCUGGUGUUGCCGUCGUAUGUAUACACACAAACUUUUUGUUCGGCAUCGACGUCAUCAGCUGUGCGACAAACGACGGUCUUAGAUGUUUUCCAUUGCUGUAACGUGCUUGAUGGCGGCUACCGUGUUUCGCAUUGGUCGCUCGAUGCCGGUGGACACGCCGGAAGCCGUUCCGGCGGAAGCGGCCGUGCUACAGCCGGAAGCUGUCGAACAAAACAACGGCUCGACGAUGCAGCUGACGAAACCGGACGUGGCUCUGCGGAAACUGCUGCAGCAAACAGUCAAGGCGUCGGAGGAGAUGAUGCGGGGCGUCGGCCGGCUGGUGUUGGCCACCGGCGAGUCGGUGAACUUCGCGUGGGACGUGGGCGUCAGCGCGGUGCUGAAAUUGUGCAGGAUGGGCGGCGAUGCUUACAACCAGUUGGCGAAGGCCAUACAGGACGUGCCGUUACUGGGAUACGGUGCGCGCGGCAUCGACGUCGCCCUGAGGAAUAUGCUGGACGCGGCCACGGACUCGACCAAACAGGACAUCGAGAUACGGCACACGACUUACGACACGCUCAAGCAAAAGAUGGACGAGAACGCGGCCGUGCACGCGGCCAUGUUCGCGUGAACCCUACCUCCCCCCCCUCCUUUAUGUGACCUCCGGGAACAGCCUUUGUUAAACUGGAGUCAAAGAGCGAUUAAUUAUUGUAUUUUUUUUUUAUAUAUAUAAAUAUAAUAUUUUUUUGUAAUAUAACUCAUGUGACACUGGACGAACUCUUGCGAAAACUCCAACGCUUAAGAGUAGUAUUGGUUUUAAAAUCGAAAGUACUAUACUAUUACUGUACAACGUAGAAUUGCUAUGACCAACAUUUGUAUACAAUUUUUAAUUUAAAAAAAAUACACACAGCAAAUUAUAAUGUAGCAGCAACUUUUUGUUUAAUUACCUAGGCUCGA